ACCAUGCUUUUGCCAAGAAAGGUUGGGCCAGAUGAUCGUUGAGGUCCCUUCCAACCUGGUAUUCUAUGAUUCUAUUGACUCAUACUUUGCAUGGGUUUAAUAAUUUUCAUUGAAAGGACUUAGCGAAUUUUAAUAAAAUUACUUUGUAGUGUUCCUGUGAAAUAGAUAAAUAUUACCCAUGCAGGUAUGCAGGAAAGUUAGACUAACAUUUUCCAAGAAAAGCUACCUCCUUCAGUCAAUAGAUACCUUGUAAGUAUCUGUGUGUGUUUUUUGUUUAAGGCCUGUUUUUUUUGAAAACAGUAAAAUAACUACAUGCAUUGACUUCUGGAGUGCUAAGCAUUGUUUUUUACUCGUUGGUCAGUGAUACAGAAUGUGGGUGCAUAUGGGAAGAGUCAGACACAUCUCAAUAGAAUCCCUCUUCCAUUAAAAAAAUUCUGAGGAAGACCUGAAGUGGCACAUAAAGGUGUUCUGUUUAACAGAACCUAUCGCUAGCAAGCAUUUCAAUGUUUCUUUCUUCAUGGUAACAACACUGAACUUUAAGGAGUUUAUCAAUUAUCAUUGUUCAAGCUUAGGAUUAUCUGUGUUGCCUACUUGGGAUUUCUACACACUAUUUAACAACAGCAUUUUGCUAUCUCCCAGCAAAAAUACUCACCACUGUCAAGCUGAACUUCUUUCUCCUCUUUGUGAAGCUGUGAAUUGACACCAACAUGCUAUAAACCUACCUAUUUAGCAAAACUACUUUGCUGAAGAAGGUGUUUGAAAUAAACUCAGUCAAAAGUGAAAAUAAAAAAAAAAUGUCAUUAUUGUACAUAAAAAAUGAGGCAAGAAAACUGUAAUAAAAGCAGCUGAAACAAAGACAGUCCUCCCCCACACCCCUAGUAGAACUGGUGAAAGAAGUGUGAAACUGAUUAAAGAACUGGUUCAUUCAUCUGUUAGAGUGCACAUGUGAUUUCCCUAGACUACUAAAAUAAUGUUAGAAGCAUUCAGCAGCUGUGAUAUAGUCUGAAAGUUUUGGAAUUUGAGAGCUGUCAAUUUCAUAAGGAAUUUUACUACAGUAAAGACUGUACCAAUUCUGCAGGUGUAUAGUGUUGGAACCAGCUGCAGAAAACAAUUAUAGAAUUAGUCAGCUGGUUCCUUUCUAAAAGAAUAAGGGGUCUUAGUACAAGUUACAGAUAUGAAUAUAAGAAUGCAAGAACAAUGAAAGUUGCGGCACAGGAAAAUAUUCUGUUUAAGUAAAAUUAGAGAGCAUUUCACUGAACUCAGUGGAAUUAUUGAUAAAAGAUUAAAGCAUUGGACCCAGCUUGUCUGUCCUGAAAUUCACGUCUUGCACCUGUGGAUACCAUGAAGAUACUUUCACGAAUAUCUGUCUUCUCAUCACAGCUGAGAAUGUGAUUGCCUUCUCCAUGAUUGAAAAGGUUAAACAGCAUCUUAAAAGCAAAACCUCAAAUCGCUCUAUGCAUAAGCUAGCAAAUGGUGCUUCAUCAGAAAUAGGAAUUAUAUUCUAGUGAUAACUUAGGUUUUUUCCCCUAAAGUGUGAAUGUGUGAAGCAAGUCAGAACCAGUUUUAUGACUUCAGUACGAGCAUUGACUUCCCGGUGAAAUUUUUGGCAUCGCCCAGGGUCUGUAUCCAUAUUUUCUUUUGUCACGCCUAAAUCAGAUUUUGUCAAUUCCUGUUUAUCCACUAAUCUUGAAUAGGGAGAAAAGCCCAUAAUAGAAAGCCUACAGCUGUGCACCUGGCCUAUAGAAACAAGUGCAGAAGCCACAAUAAGCAGUUCCAUCUGCUAGAGACUAGAAUACAGAUUGCUUUGUUAGACUAUUCCACUAAAAACAGUUUGUGUAUUCCCACAUGUUGCAUUUCUUGGGAAAAUAAGUCUCACAUAUAGUAAUGUAGUAUGAAAUUACAAUUCCUUAUACAAUAUUUUUCUUUUCUCUUUCUGUUGCCAAAAAGCCAAUUAACUUAAUUGUCAAGGAGAAAUUUAACUAUAAAUAAGCCUGUAAUUCUAAUCUGUCUGUGGCAGUGAUACUGGAUAAAGGCUGUUAUUGCAACUUGCUAGAUAUUACUGGUUAACUUUGUAUUUAAAAUAAAUUCUAUUAGAUUAAAAAGUCAAGAUACAAGUAAGCUGUGUGAAUUAUUUUCAUUGUGGCAGUCUGUUAUCAAAGCUUUUUUUACCUGGGAGAAGACCAAAUGCAUUUUCGGAAAUGUUACACUCACUGCAUAUACACAGAUAAAUCUAUGCAUGCUCAGUGUGCCCCGUCACCAGGCUGGCAAGGAGGUGUCGUAUACACUCUACCACAAGAAUGAAAUCUAUGGCCCACCUCUUUUUCCAUGCUGCGUACCGCAGUUUUAGUACAGUGACAGUUUUGCAUUAUGGAAAAAUAAGGGGGAAAAUGCAGAUAAUGCCUUGAAUCAAAAUUGUAAAAUAUUCAUAUAGCUCUUCUUUCAGUAUUAAAACAUAACCUUAUUAAAUUUUUCAUAUAGCUAUGGUUAUAAGCAAAAAACCAAAAAAUGAACAAAGUGAAAAAGCUGACCAAAACCUAAUAGACUAGAUAAGUGAGGCUAAUUUGGAAUCAAGGAGCAAUAUACGAGUGGAUGAAUCUCUAGAUUUUAUCUUUCCAUUAUAACUGAAGGUCUUAGAUGUAUUUUGUACAACACAAUUAUGAAGUAACUGCUCAACUUGUACUUUAACAGUAACUCACUUAAAAGCAGAAAACCAUUCAUUUACAAAAAGUAAUUCUUUCAUCACCUAUGUGUUCUAAAUAUUAUUGUCCAUCCAGGGAAACAGGUAUGAAGGAAGUUGUCUGAAGUUGCAGAAUGAGUCAGUGGCAAACCUAGAAACUGAAUUGGUCAUAUCUUCUUACUGCUAUGCCUCCUGCCUCUAUUUUUUUCAUCUUUGCUCCUUGGACUGGAACAAAAAUAACAAAAUUAAGCAUUGCAUAGUUUGCAUAUUACAGGAAAACAUAAUUACUAUGGCCCAUCACCAUGAAAAAACCCAAAAAAUUCUGAAGACAAGAACAAUUGUUAUGAACUCCUGUUUGGAGAUCAUCUUGCUUUUCUACAGUUUGUAAUGUUUAGCACCUGUUCAAGAACUGUCUUCUAUAAAUAACUGUUUUCUGUUUCAGGCAAAAUUUACAUUGAAAAUUAUCUUGGUGCAGCUGUUCCGUUUUUCUACAAUUGUGAAUUGCCAAAAAAGGAACAGUAAUUCCUUGGGGGCCUCAGAGUUAAAUCCUUUUUAUUUAACAUGAUACUAUGUAGUGGAGCUGUGAUCAAAGUCCAACUAUUAUUGCUAGCUGUUCUUAGAUUUGCUAAAACUGAGAACUGAAAAGCCCUUUGUAGAUGAUCCUCACUCUUUUACAAUUUCUGUGGCUUUCCAGUUCCAUAAUUACUGGCCCUGAUGGCACACUGCCCCAAAAAUGAAUACUUUGAUAAUUUGCUGCUCUCUUGUAAGCCUUGUCAUCUUCGAUGUUCUAGUACACCGCCGCCUGCAUGUGAAAACUACUGUGAUAAGAGUGCUGAUUCAAGUGGAGUUGUUUGGACUUGUUUGAUCUUAGGAGUAAUUUUAAUGUUCACCCUGUUCACCUUAAUGGUCUUGUUUAAAUGGAAGCACCUGAAGCAACUAAAACAAAACCUGAAAACCACAGACUCUUCUGUGGAGCCGAGUAACAUUCUCAAGGCUAACACUGAAAGCAGUGUGAAUACAGAAGGAAUUAGACACUCACUUCAAAGUGAAACAUUAAUGUAUUCAGUGGAAGAAUGCACUUGCAGUGACUGUGGCCUGGUAAAACCUGAGACUGGCUGUGAAACUUCAUUUCCAUUACCAGCUACAGAAGAAGGAGCAACUGUUCUAGUUACCACAAAAUCUUUUGAUUAUUGCAACUAUAUUCUGGGUGCUGGGUGACUAUGAGAGAAGUAUGUUUUUACUGCAUAAUAAUAAAUGAGUUAUUCCAGUAUAGCUAUUAAUCUAAAUACUUGCAGUCAGUGGAGAAGGCUAGUACGUCCUUAUAGAUCUUACAUUGUGCUUUCAUUAAUAUUGUUAUAUUAUUUCUAAUUCUAGUGUUUCUUUGGUCAAAUAUUUCUACAUUAUUCUCAGGUACUAGACUAGAUAUUGGAAUUCUUAAUUUCUGAAAGUCCCUAUGUAGGGUGGCUUUUUCUGCCUUUAGAGAUUGUAUCUAUUUAUGCCAGAUAUAUACAAACCCAUCAAUAAACAAGUUUGCAAGUA